GUAGUAUUCACAUUAGAUAGAGCUACAAAAAGACAAGUCAGAUUAUUGUUUAUUAUUACAAUUGCUUGCAUUUAAAACACUUAUCAUCAUGUCUUCAGUGUCUGAUCAGGAAUGGACCGAUUAUAAGUCAAAGUUCAAUAAAAAUUACAACGCAGAAGAAGACGCAAGUCGUCGCGCUGUGUAUGCGGGCACCAAAGUGAAGAUUGAGGCUCACAACAAGAAAUAUGAAAGCGGUGAAGUAACUUAUCAGAUGGGUAUUAAUCAUCUUGCGGAUUUAACACCAGAUGAAUACAGCAAGCGUUUAUGUGGCUCUCUAGCUCCGCCUAAGCAGAGCUAGGCUUAGCUAUUUAUGUUAUACCAAACGACACCGAAUCUCUUCAAUCACCAAUACAUAUUUUUUAUAUUGAAUUAUUAUA